UCCAGUUCAGCGUUCAUGCAAUGGCAGCUGCAACUAUUUCUAUUGACCAGGACCAGUUCUGUUGUUCGGUGUGCCUGGAGGUGUUACGGGACCCCGUUACCAUCCCCUGUGGGCACAGCUACUGUCUGGACUGCAUUGAAGACUACUGGAACACGGCGAAGCAGAAGGACCAUUACAGCUGCCCUCAGUGCAGGCAGGUGUUCAAUCCGAGGCCGCUGCUGAGCAGGAACACGGUUCUGGCAGAAGUGGUGGAAAAGUUUUUGAAAAGUGGAGCUCAAGCCGCCAAAGCAGAGGAAGUGAAAUGCAGCGCUUGCAAGGGGAGAAAGAGGAAAGCUGUUAAAUCCUGCCUCGUGUGCUUGGAGUCUUACUGCGUGACCCACCUGGAAGUCCACGAAGUGCGCUUUCACAAAAAAGCCCACAAGCUGAUCCCGGCCUCGGAUAAGCUGAGAGAGAAGCUGUGCCAGCAGCACAACAAGCUGCUGCGGCUGUACUGUCGCACCGACCAGCACAGCGUGUGUUCAGUGUGUGUCACAGAGCGGCACAGGGGCCACGACACGGUGUCUGUGGUGGACGAGCGGGCCACUCAGCAGAAAAAACUGAAGGAAACCUCGUUAAAGUCCGUGCAGAAACUGAGAGACACCGAGAAGGAACUGAGAUACUCCAUCAAAUACAUCAAGCAUGCCACGGAGGCUGUGGUGGAGGAGAGCGAGAGGGUUUUCACCAAGCUGAUCCGAUCUAUCGAGAAGCAGAGCAGCGAGGUGAAAGAGAAGCUCAGAGUCCAGGAGAGAGUGGUGGUCGGCCAGGCUGAGGAGGUGCUGGAGGUGAUCCAGAAGGAGAUAGAAGAGCUCAGGAGGACCGAGGCCGAGCUGGAGAGGCUCUCCCACACAGAGGACAUCUACUUCCUCCAGAAGAGCCAGUCUCUUCACUUCCCUUUAAGGACGGUGGAGAUGCUGAACACGGACGCUCUGACGUAUUUGAUGUAUAAAACCAUGCGGGACAGUCUGGUUGAUCUAAAGGGGAGCCUGGACGACACGCUUGGCAAAGAUUUCUACAGAAUAUCAGAUAAAGUAAGCUCACUAAAAGACAGCAGCAAUCUGAACACCACUGAUAAGGCUAAAGCUAAAGACCCAGACAUCCCGUACAACACUGAACCAAAGACGCGAGCUGAUUUUCUACAUUACUACAAUGAAGUCACUCUGGACCCGAAUACCGCCAACGCCUACCUAACCUUCUCUGACGAGCGGAGAGUGGUGACGACUCGCUCCGAGCCGCAGCCCUACCACGACCACCCGGACCGCUUCACCAGCUGGGCCCAGGUCCUGUGCAGAGCUGGGAUGGCUGGACGGUGCUACUGGGAGGUGGAGUGGGCUGGAAGCGGAGGGGUCUCGAUUGGCGUAUGCUACAAAAGCAUGAACAGGAUCGGAGGAGGGAGCGACUGCAAGCUGGGACACAACGCCAAAUCCUGGAGCCUGGACUGCAUUAACAAAGUCUGCUCGUUUCAGCACAACAAGGAGGGCGCGAGCAUCGCCGUUCCCUGCAGCAGCAGAAUAGGAGUGUAUCUGGAUUUCAGGGGUGGAACUUUAUCUUUCUACAAUGUUUCAAAUACAAUGGCUCUGCUUCACAAAGAGAGGAUCACAUUCAUCCAGCCGGUGUACCCGGGGUUUUGGGUGGGGCUGGGCUCCACCUUGAAGCUGUGCUCCAUUUAGUUGUGAAACCAUGUGUGCUGCUUCAGCAGUAGUUUACACGUCGGCUUGUAAAUAUCGUUUUGAAAGAAGUAAUGAAACUACGAUAAGCUUGUGCUCACAACU